CUGAAACUAACACACCCUCUGAGCUCCAAUGGGAAGGUGGAACAACAGGUAGGCGUCCUCCAACUGCGUCCCUUCGCUCAGUCGUGGACUGACCGCACCAUGCGCUCUCCUGGAAAUCAGACCUGAACCACAACUUGGCUGCGUUAUUGUCUCGGACAGCUUUUUAGAAGAAUAGACGCGCUUUUUUUUCUCCUCUCUGACAUUUUUAGUUGGUAGCUGGGAUAAGAACUACACAGAGCUGCUGUGGAAGAUUCACAGAUCUAUAAAUCGGAGCUUCUUUAUUGGAUAAAUCACCAAACUGUGAUAUCCUCAGCGGGGACAUCUCUCUGUGGAUAAGAUGUUGCUGCUGCCAUACUACCGCUGAACUUUGUUCCUCUGUGAGACGGCCAGGGCUCACUGAGACUCAGCUGAUCCCAGAGGUCAGGCUGCUGUCUGACCCAGAUCCCCCUGCAGGAGGACAUGGAGGUGCUGCGUCGGUCCUCUGUGUUUGCUGCAGAGGUGCUGGAUGUGUUUGACCGAUCGCUGACUGAGAAGGAGCUGGUGUCCCAGUCCAAAGCUCUGUGCAGAGACUACAUCCUGUCCAGACUCAACCAGAACGGGCUGGGAUGGUCUAAAACUGAGAUCAACUUUGGUCCGUCCAAUGCAGCGCUGGCCGAGGUGUCUCUGGUGCUUCUCUGUCUCGGCGACGAGCUGGAGUGUAUACAGCCCAGUCUGUACAGGAACGUGGCGCGGCAGCUCAACAUUUCUGUUGCCAUGGAGAACAUGGUUUCGGAUGCCUUCAUUGGCGUGGCAACGGAGAUCUUCUCUGCAGGUAUAACAUGGGGUAAGGUGGUAUCCAUGUACGCAGUAGCUGGAGCCCUGGCAGUCGACUGUGUCAGACAAGGCCAUCCAACCACAGUACACAUCUUAGUGGACAGUCUGGGACAGUUUGUUCGCAAAUUCCUGGUUCCCUGGCUGAAAAGACGAGGAGGAUGGGCUGAGAUUACAAAAUGUGUGGUGAAGAAGGAUCUCACCCCUGAACAAAACUGGUUCUCCUCUACUGUGGAGUCUCUCACGUACUUCCUGACCACAAUGUACGUCUACAUCAUGAAGGAGCCGUGAACAGAGAGCCGAGGAGUCGUCAUAUGCGGGAUCGAAAUCUCAGACUUGUCAAUAAAAGCCGGAGAUGGUCGCGGUGCUUGAUGGGGACUGAGCCUGCCAGCAGAUUUACAGUCUGCUGCCGAACGGCCAUCAACAAACGUUUCAUCAGCAGCGUGUUCGUGUUUCCUCAGUGUCAGAUGAGUCUCUAAGUGAUUACCCUUCAUCCAAAGAGUAGUCACGGUGAUAUUUAAGAGCAUAACAUGGCAGCGUUAUUAUCACUCCCACCUCUUCUGUGUAUUUUCUCACUGCUUACACCGGUGCAGGCUUCUCAAAUGUGUUGUAAGUGUAAUGCGUGAUGAUGCUUGAAUGUGAGAGGCUCUUCAUAAUCCUGAGAUAGACAGUCUGGUGUUUUAAUGUGAUGUUUGUCUCAGAUUAUAUACUUUAAGUGGUGAUGGAGGUAAAAGCGGUGUUGCUGAAACUGAUGCUCAGCUGGCUGGGUUUUGUGAGGUCUGAAAAGUGCUGAUAACAGAAGCAAAGGAGUCUCAAUCAGGAGCGAGUUCACACCUAAAGGCAGUAUGAGGUGGUAUCAACUGUUUACACUUCAUGGGUUUAAACACUUCAUGUUGUACUUUACCAAAGUGCAAACAGUGUCUCUUUCCAAAUACAAUCCAAAAUGACCUGCUAAACUCUAGACAGCAUUAACCAAGAAACAAAGGGUCUCAUUGUGCCCAUUUUUGGCCAAAGAACUUAAGGACAGAGGAGAGGUACAUACUGAACGUGCAAUUUUGCUGGUUUCCUUUUCCUUUUUAAUCUGUAAAUAGUUUAUUUAUGAUUUCAUUUUGGUUCUGACUUUAAGAAUUAAAACCACUGCAGUAUAAAGACAGCCACUACAAUGGCUACAACAGGAUGAUUGUGUGUGAUGCGUGUCACUUUCAGUGUUGAUGUGUAAAUGUGUGUGUCUACAAGUUUUUUAAACCCACAAUAAAUUGAACAAAAUCAUCA